AUGCGAGCCUGGUACUCCCAGCUCCGCCCCUUCCGCCUAGACCUCGUUGGCGACUACGCCGGCUCCUCACGCUUCCUGAUCUACGGGGACUCCCUCCUCCGCCAUUGUUUCUCAGACGAGCGUAUCGGAUUCUCGGACGGCAGCUUUCAGCUACUUCACACCGUCUACGUUGUGGAGCAGUUCCUGCAAGGUUUAGUCCGCCGAAAAUGUGUGUUUGACAUUGUGUUUCUGGACUCUGAUGCGGAAAUGUGCAUUCCUCCAACGGGCAGCAGGGGCGCGGCGAAGUGGCUCUGCACAAGGGAGAUCGUGAUACGGCAUCUGCUGGGAGUGAAGGGAGGAGAGUGGCAGAUUAGACAGUUCACAGGGAUUUCUGAACGGACGUUUCUGGGCUGGAUCGAGGAGAGGAGACCGUUGUUUGUGUUGGCUGGCGACGGGAGCGGUCUAGUCGGAGCGGCUUGGGAGAGUGUUACCAGCGAAAACGAUGACUCCGACGACUCCGAGGACGAGGAGGAUGAAGUGGGCGCUUCCGAGGAUGACGACGAUGACGACGAUGACGGCGAUGAAGAGAGCGAAGACAAUGGGCAUGCCAGCAUGGCGAUUAAGCACCGGAUGAUAGUCAUGAUAAGCAGUUUCAUGGGCAUGGGCUACAACAUUGCGCUCAUCAGCCGAGUUCAGUUUGUGAACAGCAAGGUACUGGACCCUCUACGGAAACUCAUGCCAUACCUGACGCUGACUCUGAAAGAUCUUUGA